UCAUGGGAUGGUGCGAGACUAACAGUCAUGUUUCUCAACUUUGCAACACCGGUGUGCCUCCUUCUGCUACUACCCUUAGCAGCUAGUGAAGAUUUUGGUUUCACCUUCAAUGGCUUCCGAUCAUCGAACCUAACCCUCGAUGGCGUAGCCGAGUUCACACCCAAUGGCCUCUUAGCUCUCACCAAUGGCACCAAACAACAAAUAGGCCAUGCCUUCUUCCCCAACCCAAUCACCUUCAAAACCUCACCAAACUCUCCUUCUCUCUCCUUCUCCACCACCUUUGUCUUCUCCAUCAUCCCCCAAUAUCCAAAUCUCAGCGGCCACGGCAUCGUCUUCAUUGUCUCCCCAACCAGAGCCCUCCCGGAAGCUCUUCCGAGCCAAUACCUCGGCCUUUUCAAUAAAAACAACAAUGACAAUGCCAGCAACCAUUUCGUAGCUGUCGAGCUUGACACGAUUUAUAACAGUGAAUUCAAUGAUAUCGAUGAAAACCAUGUUGGAAUUGAUAUUAACAGUUUGGUCUCUAAAAAAUCAGAGCGAGCGGGCUAUUAUGAUGAUCAAAAUGGGCAGUUUCAUAACUUGACUCUCAUUAGUGGCAAAGAAAUGCAAGUUUGGGUGGAUUAUGAUGGGGUGAAGAAGCAAAUGAAUGUCACAAUGGCUCCAAUCAACACUGCUAAGCCAAGAAAACCACUUUGCACUAUGUUUUAUGAUCUCUCAUCGAUCGUAAAUGAAACCAUGUAUGUUGGGUUCUCGUCGUCCACCGGUUCUGUUGAGACAUCUCAUUAUGUCUUGGGAUGGAGCUUUCAGGUGAAUGGCGAGGCUCGAGCUCUUGACCUGUCUCGACUUCCCAAGCUUCCUCGAAUUGGGCCGAAGAAGAUAUCGAAAUUUUUGACAAUUGGGUUGCCGAUUAUUUGUCUAAUGUCGGUGUUUGGAGUGAUGGCCGGUGUAGUUUUUUAUGUGAGAAGGAAGAGGAAGUCUGCAGAAGUGCUUGAAGAUUGGGAGCUUGCCUAUGGUCCUCAUAGAUUCAAGUUCAAAGAUUUAUAUAUCGCGACAAAAGGAUUUAGAGAGAAAGAACUUUUGGGUAUUGGCGGAUUUGGCAAGGUCUAUCGAGGCAUACUACCCGUAUCAAAAAUUGAGAUUGCAGUCAAGAGGGUUUCUCAUGAAUCAAGACAAGGAAUGAGGGAAUUUGUAGCCGAAAUCGUUAGUAUUGGGCGGUUGCGCCACCGCAAUUUAGUGCAACUCUUGGGUUAUUGCAGACGAAAAGGGGAGCUCCUGUUGGUCUAUGACUACAUGCCCAAUGGAAGCCUAGACAAAUUCCUCUUUGGCCAACCCAAAUCCACUCUCAAUUGGCAACAAAGGUUUCGGGUCAUUAAAGGCGUGGCGUCGGGACUUUUUUAUUUACACGAAGAAUGGGAACAAGUGGUGGUGCAUAGAGAUGUCAAGGCUAGCAAUGUUUUAUUAGACAGCGAUCUUAAUGGAAGAUUGGGUGAUUUUGGGCUUGCCAGAUUGUAUGACCAUGGAACCGAUCCUCAGACUACCCACGUUGUUGGAACUCUUGGGUACCUCGCCCCCGAGCACACUAGAACAGGCAAGGCCACAACGAGCGCCGAUGUGUACGCUUUUGGGGCAUUUCUUCUCGAGAUGGGGUGUGGAAGGAGGCCAAUAGAGCCUAGUGCGCCAAUCGAGCAUCUAAUUUUAGUCGAUUGGGUUUUUUCUUUGUGGAGCGGAGGUGAAAUUUUUCGGGCUAUUGAUCCAAAAUUGGGUAGUGAAUAUGUGGCUGAGGAAGUGGAGUUGGUGUUGAAGCUCGGCUUGUUGUGCUCGCAUUCAGAACCUGCAGUUAGGCCAAGUAUGAGACAAAUUGUACAGUUUCUGGAGGGAGAAGUUCAGCUUCCUGAGCUGACAUCUCUCGAGAUUUCGGCUACUGGAUUAACGUUUGCCAAACGAGAAAGGUUUGAUGAUUUUGCAAUGUCUUAUCCAUCUUCUAUGGAGAAGGCAUUUUCACAAUCGUCUUCUGUUGCAGAAUCGCUUCUCUCUGGAGGUAGAUGAUAUAUAACAGAAAAGUUACGGUCCCAUAUUGAAGGCCCGAAAUCUGACCAGAAAAUUAAUGGAGAGUGAAAAUUUAACUUUUAAACAGUGAAAUCUGCAUUUACAAUAAAUGUGAUCCAUACAUUAAAUAAAUUUCGGAUAAAUUUUUGUGGGUUUGUAACAGAUCUCUUACAUGCUUUGGUUUACUAGCUUUGUUAGUGUAUUUGGUAAACCACAGAGGCUGUAAUAUUCGUUUCUAUAUAUACAAUAUGCACAUAUUAAUUUGAUGCAGUGUAUUUGGCUAUGCAA